AUGGACAAGGGAGCCGAUGUCAAUGCCCAAGGGAAGUACACCCCCAACGCACUCAUUUCUGCUUCUCAGAAGGGCCAUGAGAAAACUGUCAAGCUUCUGCUUGAGACGGGCGCCAUUGUUGACGCUAGCGUUGAAGACAUCAUUAGGAAGAAAGAGAAUGCUCUGACCUUCGCUUCAGGCAAUGACCACAAUGCAAUUGUUGAAAUCCUCCUCAAGAGCGGUGCUCAAACAAACGCCAAUCCACUGGAGGACGGGAGCGCUCUUGCCAAAGCCGCGUCGGGCUAUCGCUCGAAUACCGUCAAGCUACUUCUUGACAAUAGAGCCGAUCUCAAUAUGAGAGACUCUCUAGGCUCUGGUGCAUCGGAUUUCUUUUUCCAAAGCCGUCCUCCAGCUCAUGAAGAGUCUAUCCCACUACGCCUCAUUUAG